AUGAAUAGAAAUGAAAAGCAAAUCGAACAUUACCGUUACAAUUAUAAGAAAGGAAAAAUUGGAAAAGGCUCCUAUGCUACUGUCUACAAAGGAGUUGAUACUAAUUCAAAGUAAAAUGUUGCCAUCAAAUAAAUUCAUAAGGCAGAUCUUCAAAGUGCAGGUUCUAUCUUAUUUAUAUUAACUUAGAUGAUGAAGAACAUUUAUUGAAUGAAAUUAACAUGCUUAAGAGAAUUAAAAAUCCAAAUAUCAUAGAAAUACUUGAUGUUCUUUAAACAAAAGAUCAUUAUUAUAUUAUAUUAGAAUAUUGUAAUCUUGGAGAUUUAGAUUCUCUAAUUAAAUAGAAGAAUAUUAUCAAAUUAGAAGAUCAUAUAACUUUCCUAUAGGACAUCUUAAAUGCCUUUACAACAUUAAUUAGAUAAGGAAUAGCACAUAGAGACCUUAAACCAGCAAAUAUUUUAGUUCAUUAAGAAGGAAAAAGAAAGAUCUUUAAAUUAGCUGAUUUUGGUUAUGCAAAGACAAUAUUCAAUUAUAAUGCAUAAAUAUUAAAGAGUAAUUUGGGAACACCUGCAUAUAUGAGUCCUUAAUUACUUAAAGAAGAAUAAUAUACAACAAAAAGUGAUAUUUGGAGUUUUGGGAUAAUUUUAUAUUAAAUUAUAUUCAAUACUCGUAUAUUUUUAAAUUAUUGUAGUACCUUGGAUAGGAAAAUCAGAAAAUGAUUUAGUUUAAAACAUACUAAGUAUUCCUAUAACAUUUCCAUAAAAUCCAAAAAUAUCGACAAUAUGCCAAGAUUUAAUUAUUAAUUGUUUAUAAGUUAAUGAAGAUAAGAGAUUAAAUUGGGAUGAUUUAUUUAGGCAUCCUUAUGUAUGUAGCUAUUUUGGAAAAGUUGAUAUUAUAUAGAAUAGUGGUUUAAAAAAGAUUUUUAUAUUAUCUUAAAGUCUAAGAUAGAAAAUAGGAUCAGAAGAAUAAAUGGAUUAAUUAUUAAUAAAUUUAAAUAUCUAAGAUAAGUUAUGUUAAUUAAAUGUUGAAGAAUUCAAGAAUCUUAUUAAAUAAAUAAAUUAAAGUGAGAGUUUAAGUGAAGAUGAUAUAUAAUGUUUAUUUUAAGAAUUUUAGAUUGAUGGGAAAGUAAAUUAUAAGGAAUUUAAAACUUGUGUAUUUUAUAAUCAUCCAAAGAGAGUGAAAAUAGUAAGACAUUUGUCAAAUUCAAAUAUUAAAAUUCUUGCCAAAUUAGCCUUAGCUCUAAAAUAAUAUAAUAUUAAAGAAUUAUUUGAGUAAUUUGCUACAACUAAAAAGGAUGCUUUAGAGAGACAUCAAUUUUCAAAAAUGAUUAAGAUGUUUGCAAAUACAAAUUCAUUAACAACCUAAAAUGUAAUAAUUGACUAUAGUAUUAGAUAAAAGAAAUAAUUGAUUUUUUUGAUGAUAAUGGAGAUGGAAUGAUUUAAAUUUCUGAAUUCAAUAAUGUUUUGAGAUAUGUACAAUAAAUUGAUAGAACUCCUAAUAGUGAUAAUAGAUUGGAUACAAUAACUGAAUUAGAUGAGAUUUCAUUUAUUCAAGAUAAUGACAGUUUUAGAAACAUAAAUGAAAAUUUUGAAAGAAGAUCAGAUUAAAAGAUCAGUAUUUGCAAAUGUAUUACUUUUUGA